AUACACACUGGCUCUGCGUGGGUUCAAACAUUUCGAAGAUUCAGUAUCCUGAAAGGUGUCACCCCUUUUCCAGUCCUGAGAGUUCCAGUUUGUCUUAAAGUCUAAAGGCAGCAGCACCUUCAGCCUGUCCCAGCACAGGAAUGCUCUCAAUAUUGGUCACCGUGGGCUUUCUCUGCACAGCCACUGCCACUGCUGAAGUAAUGGAAGUGACUCAGCCAGCAAUUGUGCUGGCCAACAGGCAAGGAGUUGCCAGUUUGGUGUGUAAAUACAAGAACAUCGGGAAUGCAAAGGAAAUUCGAGUGACUUUGCUUAAAGAGACUGGUGACCGGACCAUAGAAAUCUGUGCUUCAUCAUACACCACGGAGUUUAAAACAUUCUUUGUGGAAAAGAUCAUUCAGUGCCAUGUUACCCCCGGCCAAAACAAUGUGACCCUCACGCUGGCUGGCCUGCAAGCAAAUGACACCGGGCUUUACAUUUGCAAGAUGGAGAGGAUGUACCCCCCACCCUAUUUUAUGAACAAGGGAAAUGGCACACAUCUCUAUGUCAUUGAUCCAGAACCUUGUCCAGACACUGCCAUAUAUCUCUGGGUAUUAGGAGCUACUGCCUCAGGAUUUUUUCUUUACAGUAUCAUCAUCUCAGCCAUUCUUGUGGGCAAAGCGAUAAAGAGAAGACGAUGUCUCGCUACCGGAGUCUAUGUGAAAAUGCCUUCUGAAAAGCUAGACAAAAAAGUGAUUCCAUUCCACAUCACUGUUAACUGUAACAAGGAAGGAGAGAAACCAUUUCCUAACUGGGAUGGAGUGUCUGCUAGUUCAUUUCAGUUAAAGAAAUAAAUUAACUGUCUUUUUACAAAAGGCAUACAGGAAGGUGAGAGAAUAUUCUUUGUAGCUUCCAUGGUUUGGAGGAGAAUAAAUAGUAUAUGUAUUCCUA